CGCACCCUUUUCCAAACAUUUCUUACUUUUUCCCACGCUCACAUCCACACCUUAUACUCACUCUCCCGUGCGUCGCACCUCAUAUAUAUAUACUGCCGUGCUUCGUUUCUUCCUUCUAGUGACGGACGGCACUUUGGGCUUACGGCCAAGUCAAGCCCGCACCGAGUUUUGUUGACUUGCGUCAAUUUCUUCCCUUCGUUUGUGCAAGAUGUCAGACGAGCACGACGAUGCACUGACGUCCGACUCGGGCAUCCGGAGGUUAGCCUCCAGAGAAGCGCCAUCCUCGUCCACUCAAAUGUCGAUGUCGGAGGUGGACGCUCAAAUGCCACUCCUCGUUGAGCAGUGCAAACGCCUCACGGUAGCCUCCAGAGAAGCGCCAUCCUCGUCCUUUCAUAUGUCGACGUCGGAGGUGGACGCUGAAAUUCCCUUCCUGUGCAAACGGUUGGAACUGAACAUGAACAUUGGCCACGGCAAGGAAACUCCUUCGCUGAGCAUCGCCGGACCGAGCGCUCCUAUAGAAUACUCCUCGUUCGGCCAACACUCGCCGCCACUCGAGGUGCAUAACACCACCGCACAGCAACUUCCCGCAACCCAACCUCUGGUGAAUGACCUUCCGCGAUUGGUGACGAUUCCUUUCUCCCCACGAACAAUCCCGAAUAUGAGGAAGCCAGGGAUACGGCGGAACACUGCUUACGAGCUGGUGUUCCUGAAAGAUACGCCGGGCAGGUCAAGUGAGGCCGGGAGCAGUAGCGCCGGAACGAAAAAACCUCUCAGGGCUAGGUCGCGGAGCGUUGACUCGGAGAGGGCUCUGAUACGACCGUAUUCACCAAGCCCUUACCAACAACAUCCUUCUUGGACAUCCUACAACGCCUACUCUCCUUUCUUGGCCACUACUGUUGUCGACCGUCGCAGCAUGAGUCGUCAUACGUCGGUUCCCAUCUUCCAAGUGCGUCGCAGCAAGCAAAGGCAUAACCCUUAUGGCGUCAAUAUUCAUACCCGGCCAUCGUCAAGACACGUCAGGAUGCCAUCGCUGCCCAAUCCGAUGGAUCCAUCCCACUUGGCUCUUAUCAAAUUCCCACCAACUGCUAUUUCGCAUUCGACAUCCCCCGAAGCCCCCUUCUUCUCCAUUGAUUCAGAAAAGCUCACACUUCCGGAACGAUUGUACCUACGGCAACUGGGAGUUGGUAUGCAUACGCGGCAGUGCGACAGCACGGAUCAAGGGCACCACGCAGACGAUGAAGCUGAUCCUAGCAGCUGCGGGACAACCACAUCUCAAACUAGUAGGCUGACGGAAGUGGAUAAUGAAUAUAUCGCUUCGAUGGAACUUGGGAAUAGUCCAGAUCUGAGCACCGAAGAGAACAACGGAGGAAGCAAAAGCGGGAUGCGCAUGGGCUCAGACUGCUACCUCGCUUCGGUGCUUUCUCGUGCCUUGUCAUUAGAUGAUCGGCGUAUGUCAGUCGCAGCACCUGCUGUAGAUGGCUUUGCUGUCUCGACGCAGGGACACCAGCAUUCCUUGCAAUUGUCGUCUCCCUAUCAUAAUCAUUCAGCAAUUUUGGAUCCGCAACAACCCUCGAUACCCCAGUUUCCGCUUGCCCACGCGCACGACCACCAAUCAGGGACGCACUCAAUGGAGAACACCGACAGGAUAGGUGUCGGAAUGAUGCCUUACAUCAGCUAGAUGGUUAUGACACUGCUCCGCAUCUAUGAGUGUAUUGGCGUCGUUUUAGUCCAGUUGCACCUUCCACUGGUAGACAUAUACCCGCAUCUAGGCAGAAUAUAACAUCGUUCCUGGCCUAUUCGUCGAUCCCCUUAUGCGCGAAAGUGGGCAUUUUGUAUCUUGUCUUGACAAUACAUUCGCUCUCUGCGAG